AUGACGCGCGCGUCUUACUGUGGUGAAUGUAAUACAAGGGUUGCGAAACAGUGUCCUAAUUUUCAGUGUGUAGAGUGCAAAAAAUGGUACCACUCGGUUACUUGUACCAAAAUUACUGAAGUGGAAGAACGGCUUCUGUCCGAACAGAAGAAGCCUUGGUGCUGCAAGAAAUGUAAAAGACUUACGAUAACUGUCUUAGGCCAAAAUGCUAAUAGGGAAUCAUCUUCCAACAUUAGCAGGCGCAUUUCUUCCAUUCCAGAGGGGAAAGAUUUGGAUUCGAUUUAUUCCCUGCUCUUGGAACUAAAAACUGAAAUGGCAGUGAUUCACAAAGAUAUGGACGAGGUUAAAACUUCCCUAGAUUUCUUGCAUGGUAUGUAUGAUGAGCAACGCCAGAUAAACAAGGUUAUGAGUGACAUGAUUGAGGAGACUAGAGGCGAAAACAAGAAACUUAGAGAAGAAUUGUCAUUGGUCCAAUCCAAGUUAUUAGAAAUUGAGGCAGAUAAAGUGAGUACUAUGCUUAUGAUUAAUGGCGCAUUUGAUAAAGAGGAUACUGAGAAGGUGUUAUUGGAAAAAUCGCUCAAAGUCUUAAAUUUUGUUGACAAUUCGAUUAACAAAGAACACCUGGGUAACAUCAAGACUAUUCCUGUAAAAAACAAAGCUCCCAUAGUAUCUGUCUCCCUAACUAAAUCCGAAAUGGUUAAAAACAUAUUAAAAAAACGUCGUGAGGUCGGAAUCUUGAACACGCAUUCCUGUGGAAUAAAUACAUCGAACACAACAAUAUAUAUACCGGUGUGA